AUGGCUCCCUCUGCCCUUGCAGGCGACGCAGCAGGGGGAGCCACUGUGUGUGACUGCCUCAGUGUCGCAGUCAGCGAGAGAUCCAUUAGGUCGCUCACGAUGUCAGCCGCGGUGGAGGGCGGCACGGGCGCGCUCAACGGGCGCGUGCACAGCGCGGAGUCGCCCACCAACGGGCACCACGACCCGCGCCCCUGGAGCCAGCAGUUCCUGCCCACGCCGCUGCACCUCGAGGACAGCGUGCGCGCCCAGAAGGUGGAGGCGAGGCUGAAAGACUUGGUGCUGUGCGGCGAGGUGCUGCGCCGGGUGGCCGAGGUGUUCGAGCAGGAGCUGGAGCGUGGACUGAGCGAGCAGCCGUCCAGCCUGCAGAUGGAGAACACCUACGUGCCGGAGCUGCCUGAUGGGACUGAGGAGGGCGUGUUCCUGGCGCUGGACCUGGGCGGCACCAACUUCCGAGUGUUGCUGCUGGAGCUAGCAGCCGGGCAGCUAGUGCGCCAGCAGGUCAAGCACUACCACAUCAGUAACGCGCUGCGGCUGGGCACCGGGGAGGAGCUCUUCAACUUCCUCGCAGACUGCGUGCUCGACUUCGUGAAGCAGUUGGGCAUGGAGGACCAGGCCUUCUCGCUAGGGUUCACGUUCUCGUUCCCGAUGAAGCAGCACUCGAUCUCGUCCGGCGAGCUCAUCACGUGGACAAAGAGCUUCAAGUGCUCGGGACUGGAGGGCGUGGACGUGGCGGCGCUGCUGGAGCGCUGCCUGCGCGCGCGCAACCUGCAGAUCACAGUGCGCGUGCUGCUCAACGAUACCACCGGGACACUCAUCGCCGGCGCACACAUGCACAAGAACGUCGGGAUCGGAGUGAUCCUGGGCACGGGCUCCAACGGAUGCUACAUGGAGCGCGCGUCGCGCGUGCAGCACUGGGAGGCGGCGCACGAGCGCGUGCAGGACGUGUGCGUCGACAUCGAGUGGGGGGCCUUCGGGGACAACGGCUGCCUCGACUUCAUCAAGACAGACUUCGACCGCGAGGUGGACGCCGCCUCGCUGCUCGCGACCUCCUUCACGUUCGAGAAGUACAUCGGCGGGAAGUACCUGGGCUCCAUACUGUCGUGCGUGCUGAGCGCGCUGGCGCGGGCGGGACUCUUCCCCGCCGAGCCCGCGCCCGACGCGCUGCAGACUGCUCACCUCAGCCUCUUUGAAGAAGAGAACUGCGCGGGCGAGGUGUCCCGGUCGCUGGAGGUGCUGCGCGAGGUGUGCGCGUGCGCAGCGCUGUCGGCGGAGGACGCGCGCGUCGCGCAGCACGUGGCGCACGUCAUCUCCAACCGCGCCGCACAGCUCGUCUCCGUCUGUAUCUCGACGUUGGUGCGUCGCAUGGCGCGGCCGCACGUGGCGGUGGCGGUGGACGGCUCCGUGUUCAAGCACCACCCGCGCAUCGCGACACUCAUGCGCACCUACAUCGCGCUCCUCGCGCCGCAUCACUCGUUCUCGCUGCUGGCCGCGGAGGACGGCAGCGGCAAGGGCUCGGCGCUGACGGCGGCCAUCGCGGCGCGGCUGGCGGCGCGCGACUCCUAGUGCCCGGAGACACUCCACGUGGACCCAUUCCAACACACUCCAACAUAUAACCUGCGUUCAUUUCUCAAUAGUCGUUGUAAUAUAUGUUCUAGAACACAAGAGUGCGUAGCGCGCUGUACUCAAUACUCGCACUGAGGGCGUCCUGUGCCGAGUGACGUCACCAGAAUGAUAUUGUUACCUAUGAUGUGAUGUUGUUACGCUCAUUUUAGACAUUUAAGUAGUAUAGCCAGUUUGUUUGUGUGUGUGAAUGUAUAUGUGUGGGCCCGGAAGCGAGUGUAGCGUGUAUACAUAGUAUGCGCUACAAGCUACGAGCUGUAGGCUACACGCCACAUACUACGCCCUGCAGGACUCGCGCUGUAGAAUACGAGUAGUAGGAGGCUACGUAGUUACGAUGCCACAUGUAGCACGGUACAGCGCUCCCGGCGCUUGUUCGUGUGUCGCUCGCUGGUCGAGUUCGAGUUGGCACAUUUCGUGCAAUAAUGUUUUAUAUAGUUCAUGUUAUAAUUUCAUAUUAAUUAUAAUUAUAUUUUUAUAGCGUUGUCUCACGUUUGAUACGAUCGUUCCGAUUAUAUACUUCCCCAGCAAUCAGCUGAUGUCCAGUGCUGAGAAUGUGAGAAAAACUAUGUAAUAAAGGUUCUGAAAGAUGUGCAUGUGUAUUUGUGUGUCAGUGAGAGAGGGAGAGGAAUGAUUCAGUUAGUGAGUUAGAGCCUAGCAUAGUGUGUACGUUAGUUGUGACAAGGACUGAGAGAUAUUAAAUAUAUAAAAGUUAGGGAGGCAGCAGGCAGCCCGGGCCUCGCCCCAGCCGCAGCCCGAUAGAUCGACUCUUAACAGAAGCCAUUUUAUUUUGUGUAUAACAAGGUCGAAGUUACUUGUGGCAGCUAUGUGAUUAACUUUCCCGUCAUGUCGACGGCUGCGGGACGGUAGCGGGACCGUUGCGUGGCGGCUGCGGGUCGCUCGGGAAACAUAUCGUGCCAUACUCGAGGUGCAUCCGAUAAUGUUAUUUUGUUUUCAUAAAUAUAUAAUGACAGAUGUACCAGCACGGGACCGGCCAGCACUCACAUACAUAGUAAGCUCCGCUGCACUGUCGCGGGCCGCGGUACAUGUGUCACUAUUUCUACAUUUUAAGUUAAGAAUAAAAUAAAC